ACAAAUCUGUCAACAAUUUCAAACUCUGCUAGAAAAAUGGUAAAUUUCGAGUCCUAGAAAGAAUCAUGGGAUUCGUCCCAAAAAAACAUAAUACCUAACAGCAAAAGCCAAAAUGGUAUCUAUUUUACAAUGCCUUUUAAAAUGAGUAGCAAGCUUAAAGCAGUUAAGACCUCAUGUACUAAAAUAAAGAACCCCUGCAAAUACUGCCUUCAACAAGUCACCAAUAGGAAUGGGUUACAGUGUCAAGGAGCUUGCAAAAAAUGGGCCCACUUCAAUUGUCUCAACUAUACACCGGGAAAAAUAUCCGACAUCAAAGCUGGCAUAAUUAAAGUGACAUGCCCGUGCCCUGAUUGCGAAACGACUCAACCCAAAGAGUAUUUAGUGAAACCACCUUACACGUGUUCGAAUCAGAACUGCCCAGCAAACAGAGGACCAAAGUGUGUCUCAGAAGAUUGCCCUUUGAAUCCCAAAAAGAAGCCAGAGAGCACAUGUGGUAACAAAACUUGUUCCAAGGAACCGGUCAGUUGUCCAGCUGUUGAGUGCCCACAAUCUGCAACUCAAGUGCAGAAACGGUCUCAUCCUAGAUUGCAACCUGCGCGCCCUCCUACACCCCCUCGUAGCGGUUCGAAAAAAUCGCCACAAUCUAACUCACCAUGUCGCUCACCGAAAGUACCUAAGACAUGUUCUCCUCCGGCUCCUCCUACGCCGCCGAAACAAAAACCCUGCCCCCCUGAAAAAGUAAAAAAACCUGUGUGCCCGGAGAAACCAAAAAAAAAAGAAAAACCACCGAAGAAGAAACCGGUUGUAUCCCCAUCUUGCUCAGUACUGUCAUCAACUUCAAAUUGCCCCAAAACAAAAUGUUCUUCGUCGGACUCCAACUUGAAUCGAAAAACUCAAGCUUCAAUGGUGCAAGCCGUGCAAGAGAUGUGCAACACUGUUGGAAAGCUUUCAAAUCAGUUAAAAGAACUUAUGUGUAAAGUGACGCAAAAUUGAAUCUGAUACAAUAGGCUCCAAUGGUGCAAGCCGUGGAAGCACGAGCAGCUGCCAAGCUUUCUUUGCAAUUCUAAUGAAUUAUGUGUAAAAUGCAUGA